CGCACUUCGGUGCAGCAGCGCAUCCCGCGCCUCACUGCAGUGAAAAACGUCCCAUCCACCUACAGCAUACACCAAUUGCGUCUAGUUAUUUUUUUUUAGCUCCCAUCAACACCAACGCGUUAGGAGUAGCUGUACGCGUCUUAUCGCCAUUAUAAAGCAGAAAAUAAAUAAAGGAACGGCUUUCUUGUUCGAACCAGAGGAGGUAAGACAGAAUACACACUUUAAUGCGGCUUGCUUUGUGAGAUGGUCUAACUGGGACAUGACGUAGCACAUGCCCUUCUUAUGUAGCCCAAGUUAGCAGGUGUAUGGUUAAACUUACAAUAGCCUACCCAUAUUUAUCUAAUUUGACGACUACAGAACAUUGCAGAUAUCUAUCGGUUUUCUGACUAAAGCAUUAUGUGCAAUAUUUGUCAAGAAGAUUAACUAUAGUGUGGCGAUGAGCUCGUCCUCACAUGGGUUAAAGUUGUGUGAUGAUGGCGCAGUACAGAGUUUGGAGAAUUGCCUAAAUCGACUGCGGUCCUGAUGUUGCUCUUUUUUCACCAGGGGCAGACGUCUCAAUUUACCUCCCUCUGAAAUAUUUUGAAGUUGAUUGGAACGCAAACAUGAUAUUGAUUUAUGUUCACGAAGAGUUCUUGAUAAUUUAGGUCUUAUAUUUAUUUUAUUUGUAAAUGUAAUUGAGAGCCUGCAUGUUCAAGAUCACAAUUACCUUUUAUUGCCUGUUGUUCCCAGAGGUCUUAAUAACCUUUGUCAAGACAAAUGGCAGGUUUCCCCCACUAAUGCAUAUGCAUAUUUGUUCAAACCAUAGAUGGCAUAUUUUACACCAAUGUCAAUGAAGUAUCCCAAAUUCCUGAUAUUAUCCUGCAAAAAGAUUUCCUGCAGUUUCAUUUUAACUCUCUAUUAUUGCUGGGUUCCUCAAAACACGUACAUUUCCUUCUCCUUCUCUUUUCAUCUUUGCAUACUCUUCCAGUAAUUUACUGCAGCUUUCAUUCAUUGCCUUGUCCAUAAUUUUCUCAGUUCAUUACUGUUUAUGUAUCCCAUUUAUGUAUCUGCAUUUUUUUCAAUCUAAAGCCUUGUCACCCUCGACAACAUGGGCCUCGAAAGCCAGGACCCCCUGCCUCUCCCCGGCAACCUCACCUCAGGACAGGUGGGCUCCUUCCAGAAGGUGGAGCCUAAAACCUUGGGGGUGAGUGAAGUCAUCACAUGGACAUUCAAUCAUCAAUACAGAUGGUUGUGAUACACUAUAAGGAUAUGAUAUGGAUCAAUAACAGUUACAAUUCUGUACUGUAGAAUAAAGCAUCAUCACGUUGCCUUAUAAUAUAAUGAUAAUAUGUUAAUUUAGGAGACUCUUAUAUUCCCAUGCCUGAAUCAAACUCAUAAUUGUGUCGUGUUCAGUAGGCACCAAAUGAAAGAGAACAAUGAAUCAGGGAGUGAUUCCUGGCUUUAGGACUUAAUAAGAAUAGCUCAAUUCCAUUUUGCCUGCUGAACACGACUAUGCUGUUACCAAACACUGUGCUGUAGAUGAGAGUUCUUAAUGUAUGGUCUCAGGCCGUCCAGAUCAUCAUCGGGUGUCUUGUCCUCUGCCUGAGCGCCUCUGUGUUGCAGCUCCACGAGAUCCACUUCACUGGUGAUGUCGUUGUCCUUUUGAUCGUUGUCUUACAGGUGAGUGAGCCAUUGGUGACCCCUACCAAAGAUCUAGAAUCCGAUUUCCCUACCCCCAAUUCUAACCUUGACCAUUAGGGUGAUAUAAAUCAAUCCCAACCCUAUAUCAGUUAGUAAGGGCAACUUCUACCUAUUCCAGAUGACGCGUACCAGUCAGAAUUUACAGGCCAAGUACCAACUGUUACAACAGCGCCCUCUAUAAUGGCAGUGUGUCUUUAGGCCAGGUCCGGCCAACCCUCCUCCUGGAGAGCUACCCUCCUGCAGGCUUUCGCUUCAACCCUGAUCCAGUACACUUGAAUAGGCUUACAGCCCUACAAUGGCAAUUUUCUAGAAUAGAUGAUUUAUUUAGUUGAAUCAGUUAUUUUCAUCUCUGUAUAGGUGUGUAUUCUGACCUGUGAGUCGUGUCUUAUUCUGUUAUGGGUGUACUCCCACAGCUCAUCCUUUCUGGGUCGGUCCUUGUCCACGCGGGCAGGAAGCCUUCUCUCUUUUGGGUGGGUAUAAUGCAAUUGGCACGCAUUCAGCUGGUUACAUUUUUUACUGCAUUUUUCAACAGUAUGUACCGAACAACACAUUAUCCCGAAAUGCUGCAUACCAUUCUUUGAGGUAUGUUUGCUCCUGUUGUGGCAGAGUGUGACCACUGAUCUUUGUGAGUGAUGUAGGCGAUUAUAAGAAAUCACACAAACCAAAAAAAACUACCUUUCAAUGUAUAAUGUUUUCUGUCAAUCUCGGUUUAUUCAGUGUAUCGGUGUACUCUCUCCCCAGGUGAAAUGUACCCUGGUGCUGCACUUGAUUAGUGCUGCCUUCUCCACGGCUGCUCUGGGCCUGAUGUCCAAACACCUACCUUACCGCCAGGACUCCUACCACUGUGAACACUGCCGGAGACUGGAGCUGCAUGCCGUGGUAACCAGUCAUUCUAACAGUAUACCCUGAAUUAUUACAUCAAUAUGCAUAUCAAAAAAUAUGACAUACAUUUGCAUAUAAAAAAAUAUUACAUACAUUUGCAAAUUGCAAAACAUUCUAAAGAAAGAAUCUAAAAGAAUUACAUAAUUUUAGAAAGAAACAAUUAUGUGCAGGCUGAAUUUUGAUGUAGUCAUCAUGGUUUAGUCAGCCUUCUUGGUCAUCUCGAUUGAGUAGCUGACCAUGUCACACAUUCUCCCCCCUUGAGAGUUCAUAUGGUCAAAAGACAUACAAUGAGAGUCACAAUGUAAAAUUCCCUAACUCAUUUGCUGAAUUUUAUAUGAUUUUAAGCUAGUUCUUUGAAGCCUUGUCAGUGUGCAAAAUGUGUUCACAAUUAAUUUAUUCUGACAAAUGUUUUGAAAGAUCAUUGUUACUAUUAUUGUUUGAAUACAUUUGUAUCAGUUGUUUAUAUGCAUUUUCUGAAACAAUGUUUGCUCAGGACUAGGGUUGCAAAAUUCCUGGAACUUCAAUACAUUCCCUGGUUUUCCAGACACCUGGUUGGAGGAUUCCGUAUAUCCCGCCUAUUCCCUACUGAUUCUGGGAACCUCCAACCUGGAUUUCGGAAAAAAACUGUGAAUUUGUUGAAAGUACAACAUUUACAUUUUUCUUAAAGAGCAGAAAGGUUGUUACAUCCAACAAUAGCCCAUACAAACAAAUAAAUUGUGUCUUUCGUGGAAGUAUUAGUGUAAUGCCUUCACUCAAGGCGGUAUUCUGACAUGAGAUCAGCACGCUUAACUUAAAUGAUCAAAGACUAAUGCGUAAGUCUGAGUUGCGCACACUUAUUUGCUCAAGAUAUUAUACACUGAGUGGACAAAACAUUAAUAACAUUACGGUUUUUCCAUGACAUAGACUGACCAGGUGAAUCCAGGUGAAAGCUAUGAUCCCUUACUGAUGUCACCUGUUAAAUCUAGAAGGUGUCAAAAGCGUUCCACAGGGAUGCUGGCCCAUGUUGACUCCAAUUCUUCCCACAGUUGUGUCAAGUUGGCUGGGUGUCCUUUGGGUGGUUGACCCUUCUUGAUACUCACGGGAAACUGUUGAGCAUUAAAUACCCAGCAGCGUUGCAGAUCUUGACACAAACCGGUGCGCCUGGCACCUACUACCAUACCCCGUUCAAAGGCACUUAAAUAUUUUGUCUUGCCCAUUCACCUUCUGAAUGGCACGCAUAUACAGUGGGGAGAACAAGUAUUUGAUACACUGCCGAUUUUGCAGGUUUUCCUACUUACAAAGCAUGUAGCGGUCUGUAAUGUUUAUCAUAGGUACACUUCAACUGUGAGAGACAGAACCUAAAACUAAAAUCCAGAAAAUCACAUUGUAUGAUUUUUAAGUAAUUAAUUUGCAUUUUAUUGCAUGACAUAAGUAUUUGAUACAUCAGAAAAGCAUAACUUAAUAUUUGGUACAGAAACCUUUGUUUGCAAUUACAGAGAUCAUACGUUUCCUGUAGGUCUUGACCAGGUUUGCACACACUGCAGCAGGGAUUUUGGCCCACUCCUCCAUACAGACCUUCUCCAGAUCCUUCAGGUUUCGGGGCUGUCGCUGGGCAAUACAGACUUUCAGCUCCCUCCAAAGAUUUUCUAUUGGGUUCAGGUCUGGAGACUGGCUAGGCCACUCCAGGACCUUGAGAUGCUUCUUACGGAGCCACUCCUUAGUUUCUCUGGCUGUGUGUUUUGGGCCGUUGUCAUGCUGGAAGACUCAACCACGACCCAUCUUCAAUGCUCUUACUAAGGGAAGGAGGUUGUUGGCCAAGAUCUCGCGAUACAUGGCCCCAUCCAUCCUCACCUCAAUACGGUGCAGUCAUCCUGACCCCUUUGCAGAAAAGCAUCCCCAAAGAAUGAUGUUUCCACCUCCAUGCUUCACGGUUGGGAUGGUGUUCUUGGGGUUGUACUCAUCCUUCUUCUUCCUCCAAACACGGCGAGUGGAGUUUAGACCAAAAAGCUCUAUUUUUGUCUCAUCAGACCACAUGACCUUCUCCCAUUCCUCCUCUGGAUCAUCCAGAUGGUCAUUGGCAAACUUCAGACGGGCCUGGACAUUCGCUGGCUUGAGCAGGGGGACCUUGCGUGCGUUGCAGGAUUUUAAUCCAUGACGGCGUAGUGUGUUACUAUUGGUUUUCUUUGAAACUGUGGUCCCAGCUCUCUUCAGGUCAUUGACCAGGUCCUGCCGUGUAGUUCUGGGCUGAUCCCUCACCUUCCUCAUGAUCAUUGAUGCCCCACAAGGUGAGAUCUUGCAUGGAGCCCCAGACAGAGGGUGAUUGACCGUCAUCUUGAACUUCUUCCAUUUUCUAAUAAUUGCGCCAACAGUUGUUGCCUUCUCACCAAGCUUCUUGCCUAUUGUCCUGUAGCCCAUCCCAGCCUUGUACAGGUCUACAAUUGUAUCCCUGAUGUCCUUGCACAGCUCUCUGGUCUUGGCCAUUGUGGAGAGGUUGGAGUCUGUUUGAUCGAGUGUGUGGACAGGUGUCUUUUAUACAGGUAACGAGGUCAAACAGGUGCAGUUAAUACAGGUAAUGAGUGGAGAACAAGAGGGCUUCUUAAAGAAAAACUAACAGGUCUGUGAGAGCCGGAAUUGUUACUGGUUGGUAGGUGAUCAAAUACUUAUGUCAUGCAAUAGAAUGAAAAUUAAUUACUUAAAAAUCAUACAAUGUGAUUUUCUGGAUUUUUGUUUUAGAUUCCGUCUCUAGUGGUUGAAGUGUACCUAUGAUAAAAAUUACAGACCUCUACAUGCUUUGUAAGUAGGAAAACCUGCAAAAUCGGCAGUGUAUCAAAUACUUGUUCUCCCCACUGUACAAUCCAUGUCACAAUUGUCUCAAGACUUAAAAAUCCUUCUUUAACCUGCCUCCUCCAUUUAUCUACACUGAUUGAAGUAGAGACCACCCCCCGACUAAUUGAAGCUGUUCUGAGGGCAAAGGGGGUGGGGGGUGGGGGGAGGGGGGUGCAACUGAUUAUUAGGAAGGUGUUCCUAAUGUUUGGUAUACUCAGUGUAUAUUUUCCUUUGCCAUGUGCUGCAAGUUAAAAGCAACGUGUGGUCUAUAUACAGUAUAUCUGAUUAAAGCAAAGAUUUCUCCGUAAAAUAAGCAUUAAAAACAUUAGUUGAUUAAUUGGUUCAGCACAGCACCAAGCUUCAAACCAUACAGUAAUGACUGAGAGUAUCAGUGACAUUGUUUUCAUGAGUAUUUCAUCUACACAAAUAUGUUUUGGUUUCGAGUCAGGCACUCCAAUCUCCACCAAGGAAUACUGGCAGACAUGCAUACCUUUAUUUCGGUCGCCAAGUGGAUUUUUAUAAUGGCCUAUAUUUCAACAUGGCUCCCUUUAUACAUGAUUUAUGACCACUUUAUCAAAAAAUAUGAAUGUACAAAAAAACAUCCCACAACAACUCUAAAUGUGUCAAUUAAGUGUGCAGGCUUUUCUUUUUCUGUCACAUCACAUAUUAUUAGUACAUAUCAGUACCACAACAACAAUACUUGUUUAAAUGUUAUUAUUGUUUAAACAAAACAGCAAAUGAAAGAAAUCAUUGAUGAAACAUGUAAUGAGUGUUUUGGGGUUUGGUAUUACCCAGAAUGAUUAAAAAUUACCUUUUAAAGAAAUUCAGCAAAGGAGUUUAGGAUUUUGAUUAUCAUGGCAAGGCUUUGACCAAUUUGAACAACAUUGUUCUAAACUGAGAAAAGGCUGCAAUGAAACAAUUCGGCCUGAACUAUUUAUGGUGGGAGCUAUGUCAAAAUGGCUCAUACAACAAAGUCUUUGACCCACUUUAUUCUGUCUGUCUGCAUAGGAGGUAGCACCCAUACAAUUUCUACUAUGCUAACACUACUGCUCAAACUUAGUCCUCAUAUAGAACAAUACAAAACCUGUGUGGGAUCUAGAAUUGAAUGUUAAUGAAAUGUCUAUUUUUGAUGACACUAUUAAGAUUUUAAUUGAUGAUAUAGUCAAUCAUCCAUUAUAUUUUUGCCACAUUUUAAAGUAACACAUAUGUAGUAACAUAUUAAAAGUUGUUGUUUAUAGAAUACAAACACAACAAAUGAGCAUCUUAUCUAGGUUAAUGUAGUUUCAAGGGAAAGUGUAAUUGUUCUUCAAAGUGGAACAUGUCUUUCUUUGUGUUUACUGUUUACUGCAGCAACAUUGUUUCAGGAAAUGCACUGGGCUGAUCGAAAUGAAAUGUAAAGUAAGUAGUUGACCACUAUUGUAGAUAUGUUCUGGCCAAUGCUAACACUUGUGCUAUACACAGUACAUGCAUGGUAGGUAGCAGUAUUUCUGCCUUGUUCAUAUAGUUACUCUAAUAAAACAUUCUCCGAAAAGGUAUUGCAGCAAAAUAUUUAAAUAACAUCUUACCCAAUCGUAUGUUUAGAUAGGUAUUAGUUGUUAUACAUUUUAUUCACUUUCAUGUGAUUGAUUAUAUGGCUAUUCAAAAGGCCUAGUUUGACAUCUGUUUGUAUUAUCUUGCUAAAUUAAUGAAUGAAUAAGAUCUGACAUUAUAGUUUGCUUUUUGGACAAUGUUUUUUUUCCCGCAAUUGCUUUUAUUUCAUGCUGUAUUCAAAUUAUUGCUGCUACUGUAAUAUCAAGCAUUUUUCUCUGGACCACAAUACCAUUGUCCAUCCCUCAUGUCUUUCUUCACCUGUCUCUCUCCCGCCUGGGUGGUUUCUUAUAGCUCCUGAUUGACGGCAUCAUAGGUACUCUGGUUAUCUUCCUUAUUCUGGAGCUGCUCAUCUGCAUCACAGCCAUGCUGUUUGGCCUCAGUGUGCUGGCCUCAAGUGGUGGAAUGCAGGUGAGCCAACAUAUAACAAAACACAUGGGGAAGGGCAUUCUAAAACGCUCCAACACCAUUUUAUAUGUGCAGCGUUGCCCGGGCAUUGCGAUAAAAACCUGUAAUAAUUUGGAACACUGCAGGUGGUGUUUGCUGCAUGUCUAUCUAUUUAUUUUCUAUGGGCCCGAUUCAGACUUAGGAAAUGUAUGCCUUUCCUACGCUUUUUCAUUUAAGCACUUCUCAGUAUUUGGUAUUCAGACUUACUUUACGCAGGUGCGCAACAAGCUCUCUGAGAGUGGCUCCCUUAUGUGCACUGCAUACAUUUAAUUAAACCGCUGAAAACCCUCCCACUUGCUGGCCAACAGAGUUUCUCAUGGACUUUUAAUUCACUGGGGUUUUCAGUUAUCUAAAUACGGUGCACCUUUAAUUAUAAUUUUCUCGACACUCACUAUAAUACAUUGAGAGAACGGGUUCAGAAUAUUAGGGAUCAAUGAAAGAAAGCCAUACAAUUAUAGGCCUAUGCAUUUCUCAGUUUCAGCACCAAUUGGUAAAUUGAAAAAUUAUCUGAUCUUGUACAUUAUUAAGGGUUAAGAACAUAUUUAGGAAUCUACCUACUUAAAAAACAGGUUUGGAGAGCCUUUACGCACAAAAUAUAUUGCUGAAUAAAAAAUACAGUGGUUUGAUUAUCCUGAAAGUUGCUAUUCAGUUGUUCAAUCCAUUAAAUAUUGGAAGGGUUGACCAAUAGUCCUAUAAAUCUACCAUAAUCCUCACUGAUCAUGGAACUGAUAUGACAACGGUCCAGUAGUCGUAAACCAGGCUCCAGGUUUAAACUGCCAGGCUUGGUCUGCGUUCCAUGAUGAUUCCAUGUUGAUUUCAUGAAGUAGGCUACAUGUCCCAAAUUAUUGAACAACUUGUAAUACGUUAAAUAUUAUCCACUAUUGCUAGCGACCCUCAGGAUCAACCACAAGGACGUGACAGAGGAAAGAAAAGGGAACUAAUGAUGUAAUGGAAUGAUGUCAAAUGUAGGCUACAAAUUGAAGGGAACUAACACCCUAGUGACAGUUUAAAAUGUGUGUGGGUAUUACUGGCGGUGGCUAUUAUUUAACAUGAUAAAAUUGUUUGUUUGUUUACUGAGAAAACGUUGCUGACAUUAUAACAUUCUAGAGCGCACAAAGGUUAAAUUGGACCCCGACUGUCACUCUGCACGGAUUUGGCUUCUCAUCUCAUUUGGCUUGAGUCUCCAAGAUUCAUCCCUGCACGUUAUAAGGCCAUACAAUUUAAAUUCUGCAUAAUGGCACAGCUUUUCACAUACAGUAUACUGGUGACUUCCUGCUUAAAUAAAGGUAAAUAAAUACUUCACUGUGGGAAAGGGGCACACAUAGCCUACCAGUCAUGUUGAUUUGCUUCAGUUUGCUGCCAUAUGACUGGUUUCACAUUUGUCUCCAGAGAUCAUAAGGUAAAAUAGAUCUAAAACAAUUGUCAUUUAUAUUUACAAUCCCUUUAUCCAAAUGGAUUACUCAUUUACCUAGCUCUUAUCAAUAGCUCUUAUCAAUUUGUAAAUUACAGCGCAUAGAGAAAGGUGAUAUUUCUAUCGGGAAAAAAUAAUUUUGAUGUUUUUUGACUCAUUCAUCGUUUCCUCACGCUUAAAGGUGGUGGAAUUAUGAGGGAAUUAAGUCAAGGUCAGAAUACAGCUUAUCUGUAGACACAACUCCGCCACACCUCCAUUUCUUUGAUCUCCACCCCAAACCCUGGCACUGGCUUUUUUCCCAUGUGUAAGUUCAAGGUCAGAAUACGCGUGGAGAGAAAAGUGCAUAAAAAGGAAUGAAGUCCCAUUUACAUGCGCAACUCGGGUCUGAAUUCCCCCCUAUGUGCAUAAAUAAUCGGCACCUUAAGGACAUUGUUGUAUGGGAAGUUUUUAGACAUUUUGUUUCAAGGUUUGUGAGGUUUUUUCAGUGCAAAUUGUGGCUGUUUUAAGAAAACAACCCUUCAUGUAUAAAAAAUGGCAUGGUGACCACCCUACUGCAUAUAGUUACUGAACAUCACAUGUUCAUGUCUUGUUCUCCCUUUAACUUCCUCUUUCUUGCUCUCUCUCUCUCUCUCUAGUCAUCCAGUGGAACUCAGCGCCCAGCCUACCCCCAGACUCGGCCCCCGGCAGGUCCUCCUGCCGUGCAGGCUGCAGCAUCUCAGGUAGGGUCUAGCUAGCCCGAAGAAGUUAGCCUACCAUAUAGUGCUAGCCUAAAAUGGCUUAUCCAUUUAGCACUGUUGGCUGCCAUUUACUGUGCAUCUCUUGAGGUCUGAUUACCUUGAUGUGUUCGAGUAAUAGAGUCUUCUAAUGUCAAACAUUACAUGUCAAUAUUAUACCUGUCUCUUUCUCCGUAUUUCUCUCUCUCCCCCUCUCUCCUUGAGCAGGUGGCUGUUGUUGUCACUGAGCCCGAUUCCGACCAGGUAGAGGAGGUCCCCACUCCCCCCACCGACCCCCAGGUGGAGCCCAUCGAGGCGGCCGAGCCCUAAGCCAAACCCCCUUCAUCCUCCACUCUGGCCACUUUUUGGCGGAUUAUAUGGGCAACAGUGUAGGUCUUAAUCUGAAUUCCAAAUCGAGCCCUAGCCCUUACUUCCCUAGACACUUCUAUAGAUCUGAAACGAUUAGAUAGGUGGUGGAAAUUCCACCCAGCCUACCAGAAGGCAAGGUGAAGCAUUGGACCUACAUACUGUUCAAACCUAUCAUAUCCUUUCAGAUCUACAGGAAUGCCAACGGGUAUAGGGGCUAGGGGUUGAUUGGGAAUUCAGAUUUUUAUGGAGAUGGUGUGGUGACCAGCAGGUCAAAGUCCCAUGAAUGACGUAUAUAACUGUUUUGCCCUAAAUGGAGGCACUCAAACCUGUAUUGCCUCAGUAAUUAUUAAGCUAUAGAAAAUGGGAAGAAAGUGUAAAUUGUAACCAAUGUUAGUCAUUUUGGGGAUGUUUGCAAAGCUACGAGACUAUGAUUAGAAGUAUUAUCGUGGAUGCAGAAAGUGAAGAAUGAAGAUAUAGGACAGGGGUUCUAUGUCUCUGAUCCUGAAGAAUCAUGCAGGUUUUUGUUCUAGCCCAACAUUAAUAUACCAGUUUCAAAUAAUCAACUAAUCAAGAUCUUAGUUUCUAACACGGUCACUGCAUGGAUUGAAGGAUGCUACCGAGGGACUAACUGAAGCUAAUGUAAAAUUGUAUACCUUCAUUGCUUCUUUUGUUGCAUUUUGGUGGCAUCACACUUUUUAAGACCAAAUAAUACAAGCCUUUAUCACCAACGUGUCAUAAUACUGUAUAGUGAUCUAUUCAGGAUGCUUCUUGCUUUGCACUUUACAUAAUAUGAUUCUGUGCAUUGUUUUUAGUCUGGUUCUGCACAUUAAUGUAUUUUGAAGUGAAUGAUAUCACAACUCUAAUCACUUACCAAGCUAACCAACCAAUGCUGGCAAUGUACUGUAGUGCUCAUUGAGAGGAUUAUAUAGUGUUAGAAUGUAGAAUAGUUGUAGAUGAACACUGAAGAACACAUUAGCAAAAAGAAAGCAAAUACUGUUACAUGUCACAGCAACAUACAGAAUAUGUAAUUGAUCCCUACCAUAGCCUAACCUUUUCCUAACCUGAAUUGUAUGGCAUUUGUUUGAAUAUCUACUUUAUUUGUUUAUCUAUUACUUGUUUUUUUUAUUGAACAAUUUGCUCUAAUUACAUUUACAUUUACAUUUUAG